AACCUUCUUUAAACAUUUUGCAAUACAUAUUUUUUUUGAAAAUGUAUUUUUUGAGUUGUUACGUUUUUACAUAGUGUGAGCGAUAUACAAUAGUUGCGAGUAUACAUAUAUACCUAUAUCGCACACCCAGUGCAAAAGUGACUCAAUUCAAAAUUUUAUUUUUUCCUGUUUAUAUGUAUGCUUUAAUCCUUAAGUUUAAGCACAUAACUAUGCACAAGAUAAUUGUUUAAUCUAAAAAAUAUUGGAGUAUUUUGUUGUUGUUAACUGUUGUAACAUACCGUUAAAUCCUGCAAAAUAAAUUUUUUCCCUUUUCUGAAAAUUGAGUAGAGUCGAUUUUGUACUGGAUGUGCGAUAUGUAGGUACAUAUGUAUUUGCAUUCGUACGUUUUAAAUUUGAAUAAAAAUUGAAGCAAUAAAUUUAGAGUGGUGACUAUAAUUUUACAAGUGAGAUCAAAAGAACAUUGUGUCUAAUAAAGAAAUUUAAAAAAUGGACACAGGUGGAAUUAUUCCUGAUAUUAUUGACAGUAAGCCUGCAACUAUUGCGUGUGUUACUUAUGGUGAUAGAAGUGUAAGCUUAGGAAACGAAUUAAAACCAAGGCAAGUUAAAGAUGAGCCUGAAAUUACAUGGAAAGCUGAGGAGGGAUCAUUGUACACUUUAUUAAUGGUAGAUCCAGAUGCACCAUCACGGGAAACGCCAACAUAUAGAGAAAUUUUGCAUUGGUUCGUGAUCAAUAUACCGGGGAAUAAACUUUCCGAAGGACAAGUCGUUGCGGAAUACAUUGGAUCGGGACCUCCAGAAGGUAGCGGCUUACAUCGUUAUGUUUUCCUCGUUUUUAAACAAACACAAACAAUUUCAACAGAUACGUUUAUUUCAAAAAAUUCUCGUGAGGGUCGUUUGAGCAUGAAGACCCGCGAUUACAUUGUCAGUUACAAGUUGGGGGAUCUUGUUGCUGGUAAUUAUUAUCAGGCCCAAUAUGAUGACUAUGUGCCAAUCUUGAAAGCACAACUAAAUUAAUGCACACAUUGUAGUUGGACACUUACGAUCAUCAAAAUUUUAAUUUAUAUUUUACACUUGGAUAUUUUUAUAUAAAAAUUAUAUAAAAAUUACUUUAAAUCAAUUAAUAAACAAUUAUUUUUUAUUGAAAUAGAAAAAUCAUUAUAUUAACUUAUGUGUACAACUGGAGUAUGAAUCUACUGGGUGGAUUAGGAUGUUAUAAAAUAUCUUCUGUCUUAAAGAAAGUUUUUUUAAAACAAAGAGCACGUCCGUACACGACACUUUUCCCUAUUUUAAAG